CGUCGACGAGCGUCGCACCGUGUGUUCGCGCGUCGCGUGUCUCCUCAUAUACCGCUUCUCGAUCCGUUCCCGUAAAGUUCACAGCAGUUCGCGUUGACGCUAAUUGCGCUUGGCAUCGAGAGCGAUGCUCCGCGAAGGCGAGAGGACCGCCGGGACGGCAGGCUAAACCGAUCGCGCUCGACUCUUUCGCGCGUCUCAUCCAUUCCCACCGAACGUCUCUUCUUUUUUUUUUCUUCCGACGACGAACAGAUUAAAUUUUAUCUCGAUUCCGACAGCCCGGUGAGAGAAUCUCUCGCUUUUUUUUUUGGUCUCGCGGUCGAUAAUAGGCCGGCGUAUCGGAGGGUGCCGCGAGUUCGCGUGUUCGUUGGAUCGCCGCGAUUUUUUCCCGAGACGCUUCACCGCUCGCGCCUCCACGGCAUCGGCCGUGCCUGUCAAUAAAAAUCUUCAUAUCAAUGAGAGAACGUUACUCCGCGCUGUGAUCCAUCAGUUCGCCGACGUGGGCUGAUCGUUCGAGCGAAAUCGCGAUUUUACGUCGCGUCACUUUUACGAAUAAAUUUAACUUUAGAAUUUCAAGUUCAUCGACUCCGCGCAGACUUCGUAUGAGCGCAUUACUAACUGCCGUUGUCGCCGUGCCGCGUGCUCUGUGAGUGAGUGUGCGACGGGGGAAUAAACGAGAAACAUUUCCCGACAAGGUUGGUUUUUGCGUUAACGUAAAUCGCGUAGAAGCGAAACUUAGUCGAGCGUGCGGUUUUGCUGGCUGGUCCAUGCCACUGCGAGGAUGCUGGCGUGCGUCUAUCCGCGAGAAAACUUCGAGGUGAAAACCGUGGCGGUAAAGCUCCAUCACGGAAAAUCCAAGAGGAAGUCCAAGUCCGUCCCGGUGAAGGAAAAACUUCCUACGGACGCCUCAGAGACGGAAUGCAACAACGGCGAGCGUGUAAGCAGCGAGUUAGCAGUGGGCGGGGGUGGUGCUGUGCUGGUGCUCAGCGAGCUUGAAAGCAUGGCGGCCAGGCAACAGCGGGAAAUCGCUCAGCAAAGGCGCCUCCUGGAGCAGAAAGAGGCCCGCUUAGCCGUGCUUCGAGGCGCACAGGAGCCAGCACAGCAGGACAGACUCGCCAGAUUGAGGCACAAGCUGGACCAGCAACAGAGCAAGCUGAAUCGACUGCGAUUACUCAGAUCGCAGACGGACCAGUCGCGUGUCAACAAUGCGACAUUGACCUCCGAUCUGGACUGCAUCAGGGCCCUGUUCAAUGAGAAGGAGAAGGAACUCUCGUUGGCCGUGGCGAAGGUCGAGGAGCUGACGCGGCAGCUGGAGGAGCUCCGAGGUCGUCAGAAUGCCCCCGCCGGUGGUGGAAGCGCCGGCAGCAUCGGGGGCGGCCUCACGGGUGCCACCGGCAAUGGACAUUUGGUCACCCCGGCCAGCGCCGAACUGGAGAAACUCAGGAGGGAGCUUAUGUAUCGCAACAAGAUGAACGAACAGCAAAACCAAGUGGUAUCUCAACAACGGCAGGCCUUGGCGCAAAGGCAGGCCGAGAUGGCGUCGAUAGACGCGCGAAUAGCUCAACUCCAGAGUCGUCUUCAGCGCAAGAGAGCGUUGAAUCAACGAUUGACGCAAGUGGGUCCUAACGGUGGCGGUGUUAACAACACGGGAUUCCCAGAUACAAAGCUCGACGGUUUCAACAACAGUGGCAAGCUGAGACCGGCCGGCAACAUCGCCGCGAUCGAACCGUAUUCGCAUAUACCGAACGACAACGAUUUCAAUCUGAACAAGAACGACCCCAAGUACCAGACACUGCCAUACAACACCAAGUUCACGAUGAACUUCAAGGCUAUAGAGGACGACGUGAACAAAAAUAAAAUACAGCACUCGGCGAGCGCCUCCCAGUUGGGACAGCGGCCGACCUUUCAGCAAUACGGACACCAAAUCGUUCACAGCCAGUCGCAGUCGCACAUUCAGGGGCAAUCUCAAUUACUAGGAAGCAAUCAACAGCAACAGCAGCACAAUCAAAAUCUCGGCAACCAGCCCACGACGAUUCAAUCGAGUUGCAAUUACAAUAACAAUAACAACAACAACAAUAAUAGCAACAAUCUCAUCUGUAAUACUGGGCACAACUUCAGCCCGGACAACCUGUCGCAAGGUCUUCGUCUUCAUCAGGGUCAUCAGCAUCAGCAGCAAUCGCAGACGCAACAGCAGCAGCAGCAUCAGAAUGGCAAUCUCCAGCAGAAGCAGCACAACGCCGUCACCGGCGUUGGCGGUGCAUCGACGACGCCGAAUCUCGUCGGUGUUACCGUUCCGUCGAUCGUGCAAACCACGCAGAACCAACAUCGAAAUCUGCAGCAGACCGUAGGUGGUCAUCAGAAGCCGGUGUCGAGCGUGGCGCCAAGCUUUUCAGUCAAAUCGCAGAUCUAUCAGACCUCCUCGACCAAAAUCCAUCCGGUUAUGCCGCAGACGUUGAGCUUGCUGGGUCGCGGACAUAACAACGCGGCGCAAAACUACAUCGGUAACAAUCAGCAGUUAGCGGCAGCAAAUACGCAGCUGCAAUCCAGCGUCGGAAAUCAGGAAGCGAAUUACAGACACGGUUACUCCGUCGCCCAACAGCAGCAGCAGCAACAGCAGCAGCAGCACCCAAAUCAGACGACGAACAUUCACACGUCUUCCCCGGCGGGAGUAUAUCAGAUUCAGAGUUCGUCGAAUCUCGUCGGUCUUCAUGGCACCGCCACCACCGCGACGACCUUCGGCAAUUCUUCCCAGAAGUAUAAUCAAUCGUCACAAGUGUUGAGUUCCAACGAUCUCGCGCAAAACCAGGAUCAAAUACUGAACAAUCAAAAAACCAAAUUCGAACCGAGCAAGAGUCAGGAUAAGUUCGAACAUGCAUUACCGCCCAGCAGUAAGCAUGAGCAACAGCAGCAGCAGAUUAGGUAUGAUCAGAAUCUCACGGGCAAGUACGAGAUCCAGCAACAGAGCAGCAAGCACGAUCCACCUGGAAGUCAGGCCAAACACGAUCAGCAUUUGCACAACGUUAAGUACGAUCCUGGUUGCCAGAAUUCGCAACAGUAUGUCAAACACGAGCAACAGCAGCAGCAGCACGAGGGAAGAUUGUCGAAUAAGUACGAUCACAAUCCACCGUUCAAACACGAUCCUUCGAGUGUCAAUCAGUACAAAUCGGAGUAUAAAUCCGAGCCGAACAAGUACGAGAGCGGCCAGAACAAAUUCGAGAUGGUGUCGGCAAAAUACGAACCAAAUUCCACGGCGAAACACACGGUCGAUCAUGUGGCCGCCAAGUUCGAAAUCCCGGCGAAAACACCGGACAGGCCAUUCGAAUUCGACAGGCCGGCGACGAAGAGCAGCAGCGACGGCGAGAGGAAGAAUUUCAACGAAUCGCGAAUAGAGGACAAGACGAAACCAGCAUUGCCGCCGAAACCGAGCAAACCGAAUCCGCCACCAAGACUGACUCAUCACGAGAAGAUCGAUGUGUCAUCGUCCGAAGGGAUUAACGAAUGCAAAAUGACUAACGCAAAUCUCAAUUCGAGGUCGGAUAAGGACGAGGAUAUACCGCCGAUUCCUACGUCGGAACCGCCUGAAUCUCCCACGGAGACACAACUGGGAAAUCAUCAGAUCAUCAAAGCUCGGCCGUUGACGCUGAAGAAAGUACCGAUAUCGGAGCAACCGAAGCUGAGAUACGCCAAAUCCAAUGUUCACGUGUCGAUAAAUCGACGAAUUGAGAUGCCCCCGGCUUUCCUGUUCCCGGAGACAGAAAUCCCGGCGGAUCUCAUGCAGACCGACCAACAGCAGCAGCAGCAGCAGCAACAUCAGCAGCAAAUCAUCGAUACUACGGACAGCUGCAAGAACAUUAUCGGCGACGAUAUCGGCGACGGCGAGAGGCUGGAGGAGGCGGACAUCAUCGACGCUUUGAAUGUCAUUAACAUAGAGGACAAGCCGACGAAGAUGAAGACCGAUUCGGAAUUGACUGGGGGCGAAAUGGAGAUAGACGGAGGCAAAAUAUCGGAGGUAAUGAGGAGGAAAAAAGGAAAUCUCAAGUCGUCGAGCACAGGAGGCGGAAGUGGCAAGGUCAAUCUGUCUAGGCGGGUGUCGUUCGACCCGCUGGCGCUGCUACUCGACGCUAGUCUCGAGGGAGAACUCGAGCUCGUAAAGAAAACCGCGAAAGAGGUCGCCAAUCCGAGCUCUGCCAAUGACGAAGGCAUUACCGCCCUGCACAACGCCAUAUGCGCCGGUCAUCUCGAGAUUGUCAAAUUUCUCGUAGAAUUCGGCUGCGAUGUCAACGCGCAGGACAGCGAUGGAUGGACGCCGUUACACUGCGCCGCCAGUUGCAACAAUUUGUCUAUGGUGAGAUUCUUGGUCGAGCAUGGUGCUUGCAUUUUCGCAACCACUCUUUCAGAUCACGAGACCGCCGCGGAAAAGUGCGAGGAGGACGAGGAAGGCUUCGACGGAUGUUCGGAGUACUUGUACAGCGUCCAAGAAAAGUUGGGGAUUAUGAAUAACGGCCAGGUAUACGCGGUUUUCGAUUACGAGGCGCAACACGCUGACGAACUCUCGUUGAAGAACGGCGACUCCGUAGUCGUGCUUCGAAAGGGGGAUGAUAACGAACGGGAAUGGUGGUGGAGUAAACUCGGACAUAAAGAAGGCUACGUACCUCGGAAUUUAUUGGGGUUAUAUCCCAGAGUGCAGCCAGCGAAAGCGGUUGAUUAAAAUGCUCGCAGAAUAUCCGAUGAUUACCACAGUAUUCGAUUUGCAGCUUUAUCUUGUUAAUUGUUAUAUAACACGAUACAUAGGCACAUUAGUAGCGUUAUUUAAUAGCAUUGCCAUCCGAGCGGACACGGAUAUCGCGAAGCGGGAAUCUACCCAAUUUUUUUUUUAACAGUGUAGUAAUCUUUUAAUUACAAGCGUAUGUCAUUUGUCUUAUAGCUUAUAAAAUGAGAUUGCGUCAUCGUGGAUUUUAAUCGGCUGCGAUUUGCCAUAAAUCCGCGAGCUGAACCAUCGUACGGACACACGUCAUCCGUAAUUAUUGACAAUGCAUAAAAUAAUGGCAAUGCAUUUCCUCUCUUUCUCUCGCGUUUUAUAUAGGACAGAUGUUUUAAUAACGGAUUGCACAACUAUUGGCCGGAUGUCUAUCCGAUUUUAUCGCAUUUGUCACAAUAUAGAUAACAUAUGCAUUCUCAACUCAACUUUCUGUUCGAAAGUUAAGUUAAGAAUUGAGAGACGUCCCAUGUCUCUCACUUACACACUCGUAAACCAUCAAAUCAUUUAUAUAACGAUCUGUUUUUAACGUGAACUAUUCGGAUAUUGUAAUUUGCUUCGAAAAAAGAAUUUUAUUUUUUUAUACAGGCUUUUCUGGGAUUGGCAAAAGUGUGCGCAUAGCUUUAAUCCUGGUGAAAUUUCGAGAUGAUUUUUGUUAACACGCGGACUUCCUGCCCUGUAGCGAGUUAAGUUUUAGAUGUGCAAAUAAAUGAAAUAUUAUUCGUUGUUUAAUGUAAAAUGUAUUUUACUUUUGUUUUUGUAGUUGUACAAAAUUUUAAUUUAAGACAUUAGUUUUUAAGGUGUUAAGUGUCCGAAUUUGAUAAACGUGUUACGAAAGAAUAAUUCGUUUCCUAUCGAACGAUUGUCUCGAAAUUUCACAAAUGCUGUCCAUUUUUUACCGAUUUUGGAUCAUCCUGUGAUCUACGCGUGAGCAUUGGCUUUACGAGUUUUAUCGCUUUAAUUUGCUUCACCUAAAUGCUCAAGUUUAGAUGAGGUCAGAUUAUGUCGUUUCAUUAUUUGCUCAGAAUAUUUUGAUAUGUAUUGUCGGAGUCUCGCGGAUUUCGCUCUUUCGAUUUCUGAUCUUUUUUUUUUCUUUUAAAGUUGUUCCUAAAUGAUGCGCAACGUAAUCUUGCCGAUACAUACGAUAAACGAUACGAGAUAGCGAACGACGAUGUGCAAUCAUAUGGAAAAAACGUAAAUAAGGUACUAAAGAAAUAUCGAUGAUACGCCCAAUCAUACUACUUGAUUCGAUAAUGCCUGAGAUGUCAUGUAAUACUUAGAUGGGCAUGUACAAGAUAACGAUCGUCUCUCGAUUGAACGGACCGCUGUCAGGAAUUUUCUAAGCACCAUGUGCUUGUAACUCUUGUAGUAGAUGUGUACAGGUGUAACAUAUAUGCGAAUGCGAGCGGCUUAGAGGAUUUCUGACUGUUUGUCAAAUGACAUAUGUGCCUUUCGAAAGUAAUAAUGGAUAGAUUAUAAUAAGAAAAUACGAUAUAUUAUGACGAAUAAAUUGUUUUUAAUAAAAAAA